CACGCGACGCCGGUUUUGCGCUCGCGCCAGUUGUUCGCCCCCUCGAACGAGGAGAUUCACGCACCGACGCCCGAAGAAGGCGGACGAUCGGCUCUCGUCUCUUUACCCCUCGCAACCCUGCGUGAGCGCCGCCGCGAACGGACAAUCAGACGUCUCCCUCCUGUUUUAUAUUAACCUUUUUGAACGGCACUUCCCAGCCAGGGGUUGCAUCCGCGAUUAAACGAUGAUGGGCGUUAGCGUUGUGGGCAACCACGUCGGCACGUGCGCUAACGCGAUCGUUAAGGGCGGCGGCAAGGCGCUCGAGCACACGACGUCCAAGGGCGCGGCGCAGAGGCGACGCGGCGCGGGAACCCUCGCGUGCGGCGCGCUCGCCGCGACCACCACCGCGGUCGCGGUCGCCCAUCCCGCGCGAGCCUCCGCGGCCCCGCCCCCGACGAAACCCGCGAUAAUUCCCAUCCUAUCACACGAGAUCUACGUCGAUAAGCAGCUCAUCGCGCCGACCAAGUCCGGCCGGAUCCUGAGGCGCCGUAAAGGUAGCGGCGGCAGUGGCGAUGAUGGGGACUCUCGUGGCGACGACGGCGACCGCUGGAACCUCGACAACGGCGACAACGGCGGUUUCAACGGAGGAGGCAACGGGGACGACGACUCGAACGGCGGCAACUGGAACGGUCGUUGGGGCGGCGGCGGCGGCGGCGACAAAAACAAUGACGGGUCGGGUAACGACGCCGGCGAAUCCGGCGAUGACUUCGAGGACGAGUUCUAUCGUCGGGUUCGGAUGCGCGGCGUCGACGACCGCGGCGUGAUGUGGCUCUGGCAGACGCUCUGCGCGGCAACCCUCGCGGGAUCCGUGCAGCACGCGUUGGAGAGGGGCGACCGCCUGCGCCUCGAGGCGGCGGCGCGGCUGCUCAACCCGGCGGAGUCGUGCGCGGCCGCCGCUCAAUCGAUGGAGCGCGCCAUCACUCCCACCGUCCGUCUCGCCAACGCGAGUGCGCAGAAGGGCCGUCGGAUGGCGCUCACGGCGUCCAUCACCCGCGCACACCUCAGCCGCCAGCCGUUUGCCGCCAUGGCGGGCGAGUGCGCCGCCGGGUGGCACUGAGCCCCGAGGUAACCGCCGCGACCGAGGCACCCGCCGCCGCGCGCGGAUGUACCACUAAACUGAAACAGCGUCAGCGACCGCUAGUCGUCUGUUUGCGAGCGAGUGUACACUAACAAUCGCGCAUGCCUGACUGCCUGUGUGCACGAGAACGCCGUGGUUGAACCUUUUUCUGGCUGCCACCUGGCCGAAGGUUCCCCCUCGGCCUUCCUUGCGUAGCCUUGAGCUUUUAUUGUACCAACACGAGCAACGAAUUUCUUUC